AUGGACAAUAAAAAGUUCUUCACUGCCAUACCACGCCAUGCCCAGACUCUGUUGCGAGUAGGGACGACACCGGAUUCAAAUGUCGAAGUUGUUGGUGAAGAUGUUAAAGAAAAAACAGAGAAAAGAGUCACUUCUCAGACACGGUUGCCCAUCUUACCGCCAGUGCCGUACCAGCCACGGGACGUCAACUGCAUGCCGGUGCAAAGGCUCGCUAAACGAACGCUAUGUUUUCAGCGCGCGUGGUUCGAUAGCUUUCCAUGGCUCCACUUUGACGCUAACGUUAGCGGAGUACUCUGCUUUACUUGUGCUAAAGCAGCAUGCAUGGACUUGGCCGGCAUGGCGCGGUGUUCAGAGGACACAUUUGUUUCCAAGGGAUUUUGCAACUGGAAGAAGGCAAUUGAGAAAUUCAAAAUCCACGAAAAGACAUCUGCACAUAUGAUUUCUCAUAGCAACCUGAAAUUCCGGUCUUCCAACAACGACGUUGACGCACAGUUAAGUACGCACCAUCUUGAAGAACAAACGAAGGCGCGCAACGCUCUGCUGAAGAUUGUGACGACCGUCAAGUAUCUAGCGCAGCAGGGACUGGCAAUACGCGGCAAAGAGUCAAGCGACGGUAACUUCAUGAAGUUGUUAGAGCUGCGGAGCAACGAUGACGUCGUGUUACAGAGGUGGUUGACACGCACAACUUCAUACACAAGCGUUGCCGUGCAAAACGAACUGUUAAAAAUCAUGGCACACAUGGUGCUGCGAAAUAUUUGCAAAAACGUGGGCCUUUUUGCAGUCAUUGUCGACGGAACCCAAGACAUCCAAGGCGUUGAACAGGAGGCAAUAUGCGUGCGAUAUAUAGACGACGCUUACGACGUUCACGAGGACUUUAUCGGUCUGUACAGCGUAUCUGAGACGACUGGUGCCAGCCUCAGCAAUAUGCUGCAAGACGCGUUGCUCAGACUCAACCUCCCAAUCACGCAUCUGAGAGCGCAAACGUAUGACGGAGCCAGCAAUAUGUCGGGCAAAUACCAAGGCUGCCAAGCACUGAUCAAGAAAGUACAACCACUGGCAAACUACACGCAUUGCGGUGCACACAUCACGCACCUCAUCUGUGCAAAGGCCAUCGAGAGUGCACCGUUCCUUCGCGAUGCUCUUAACGUGGUGCAGGAACUGGGCGGCUUCUACAACUCAUCAGGCAAAUUUAAAAAUUUGUACCUCGAUCUGCAAGUUAUGGAUGAUAGCCCUUCCCCUUCACGCCUGAAGCCGCUUUGUGCAACACGCUGGCUGUCACGUGGGAUUGCCGUUAGAGCCGUCCUUAGCAACUACGCACACGUGCUGGAGGCACUGAAUGAGGCAUCAUCUACAUUUGGCAGCAGCACAGCAGCGAGGGCUAACGGCAUUCACAGCCUCCUGUCUACCGCGAAAUGUGUACUUGGUCUGGUUGCAUCUCUCCCAGUGAUCGAAUGCCUCGAAAAAUUCAACACAGUGCUACAAGGGGCAGAGACAACUGUUGAUGGGAUGCUAGCUGCUGCAUCUGUUGUUAGCAAGAACCUUCUGUUAUAUCGGCGCGACAUAAACAUGGAGUUCCACGCGAUUUUUGAGACGGCAACUGACAAAAUUCGAGAACUGAACAUUGAGCCAAUCUCCUUGCCGCGCACUCGGAAAAUUCCACGACGAUACAAUGACGGCGAAAAAUCCCACACGCACACCAGCUCAGAGGAGUUCUUCCGUGUGCAGUAUGUGGCGGCAGUUGACAGUGCUGUUGCUAACAUUGAUGCCUUCUUCACCUCUACGGACUUGACCUCAUACAAGCAGUUGUCCGACAUGCUAACCACCGGUGUCGUAGACGAAGACGUCGUUUCUCGCUACCCCGAACUGUCUGAAUCACUGCAGCAGGAGCUAACAUUCUUCUGCCGACAGUACGAGCACUCCAGCGUGGACAAUGUGCGCAUCACAUUUCGCAGUAUGGUACCAGAAGUUAGAAAGUUGUUUCCGCAAGUGUCAACCCUACUACGUCUCCUUCUGGUAUCGCCUGCAAGUUCGUGCUCUGUCGAGCGUUCAUUCAGCGCACUUCGCAGGGUAAAAACGUGGCUCCGGAGCACUAUGACCCAGCAGCGUCUCAACCACGUGAUGGUCUGUCAUGUGCACAGAAAUCGUCUUGCCGAGUGCACUGCACGAGAUAUCGCAAUUGAAUUUGUCGAUGGAUCGAGCGAUACACGGCGUAGUGUUUUGGGGAAAUUUUAG